AUGUCAGGAAAGGUUGUUGUCCUUGACUUCUUGACCAAUGGAGCUGGUCUGGAUCUAGCAGCUGCCGUCCUCCUUGUCGACGCCUUCAUUCAGUCUGGCAGGACAACGUCCUCGAGCAUAUUCGCAACAACCGACCAGGAGCUCAAGGAGAUAGUGAGCAAACCUGCUCAGCGCAAGAAGAUUCUUGCUGCCAUCAGGAAGGGUCCUCAGAUCCUCAAGGCCAAGGAGGAGCCCAACAAAAAGCGAGCAGCUGCCUCUGAGCCCGAUGCCAAGAUAGCUCGUCCCUCCCUGCUGCCUGUACAGGCCCUUCAUGGCGUCGUUCGCGUGAAUCGCUCGCCCGUCAUGAUCCUGUGGGGAGCUGUAGUAGCCAACGUGGUGAACGAGCUGGAGUGGGAGGAGAGCUUGUCUCUCAGCAGCGUCGUAGCGAGCCUCAACGCUAAGGCCAAGGCUGCGAGGAUAUGGGGAGAAGGCAAGAGGGAGGAGGGCAAAAGCGUGGAGGAGGGACCAGUCCAAGAGGUCCGUCUGCUGGGAAGGAGCGUGACUGCUUGCUCGACGUUCAUGGGGCUACGAGGCUGUCUGGACGGGCAGCCGGUGCAUCCGAAAUCACCAGCGGACAGGUUGAAGCAAGCCUUUCCUGGACAGCAGCUGGACAUUGUGUUCAGUGCGAUGGCGCUGUUGGCAGAGGACCGCAAGGAAGAGAUCCUGAGCGACAGUCACCGCGCGUAUAGCCUCUACGAGCAGUUCCGGCCCUCCAUCGCCGACGGAGCAGCUGGCUGGGGAGCAGCCGGGGACUUGAACGUGAACCUCAUUCUCCAGCUUCGCAAGGUCACAGCUGGAGAGGGAGGGGAGGUGGUGGUGAAUGCCGGGGCGCUGGGGAAGGAGCAUCUGCUGGACGAACUGCAGGCAGCGGCUGAAGGGGUCGAGAUGGAGAAGCUGGAGGUGAGAUACGGCAAGCAGGUCAACGAGUUAGUAGAGGAGCUGCAGCUAGAGGGGCUGGUGUACGAGAAGGAGGGGAGGAUCUUUUGUUUGUAA